CGAAUUUUAUUGAUCCAAGUACAACUAACUUUUCCAGAUGGAAUGAAGAAAUUGAAUUGGGGGAGGGGAGCACUUCCUUCCGAUCUCUGGAUAUUCAUCCAAACUCAUCAACAUUAAUUUCCGCAAAUUCCCCAACCUCCUGGAAAAAAUGAAGCCUAAUUGAUUUAGAUAUUAGAGAGAAUGGAUUCGAGCAUUGAAUGCACAUCAUUGAUUGAAGAAGGCGGAUGGGAAUGGGGUAUGUCUCCAUCUCACUUUUCAUCUUCAAAGCCAUCCCACUCCCACAAUCAUACUCUCAUUCAUCCAAUUACAACUCUUCAUGAGCUCCUUGAAUGCCCCGUUUGCACCAAUUCUAUGUAUCCGCCUAUCCACCAGUGUCACAAUGGGCAUACCAUCUGCUCUACCUGCAAACUCCGGGUUCACAACCGGUGCCCCACGUGUCGACAGGAGCUCGGCGACAUACGAUGUCUUGCGCUCGAAAAAGUGGCUGAAAAGCUCCACCUCCCUUGCAGAUACAUCUCUCUCAGAUGCCCGGAGAUAUUCCCGUAUUACGGCAAGCUGAAGCACGAGGGUGUGUGCAAUUACCGGCCUUACAGCUGCCCGUAUGCAGGAUCCGAGUGCUCGGUUGUUGGGGACAUCCAAUAUCUCGUCGAUCACUUGAGAGACGGACACAAAGUGGAUAUGCAUUCCGGGUGCACCUUCAACCAUCGAUACGUAAAGUCAAACCCUCGAGACGUCGAGAACGCAACGUGGAUGCUCACGGUGUUCAAUUGUUUUGGUCACUACUUUUGCCUUCAUUUCGAAGCUUUCCAACUCGGGAUGGCUCCAGUGUACAUGGCAUUUCUUCGGCUCAUGGGAGACGAGACAGAGGCCAGGAAUUACAGCUACAGCCUGGAGGUUGGGGGAAAUGGGCGGAAGCUGACGUGGGAGGGGACUCCCCGGAGCAUACGAGACUCUCACAGGAAGGUUCGAGACAGCCAUGACGGCCUCAUCAUACAGCGCAGCAUGGCUCUGUUUUUCUCCGGAGGUGACAGGAAGGAGCUCAAGCUCCGCGUCACAGGCCGGAUAUGGAAGGAGCAACAGAACCCUGAUCCUACUUGCAUACCCAAUCUCUGCACUUAGAAAAUAUUUCACAUCUAACAAGUCUUGUUAUUCAUGGAUUUUGGGUCUGCUUAUUAUUAUAUCAAAUUUGAAUCUACCAAAUUCACCCGAAAACACUAACCAUGUCGACUUUAUGACUAACGAUACGAACUAGU